AUGAAGAAACUGGCGAGUGCACGCAUUUAUUUUGAUCCUGGGGAUAGGAAAGCGCUCAACACCAUUCAACUGCUAGCAUUUUGGGACUCGAUGCGAAAGUGGUUUGCAGAAAAAGGAUAUCACCUUUACGAGUUUGAUAUCACGGACGAGCCGGGGUACCUGCCAUCUGAGAGGUCGACUAUCCCGUACAAUCCUCACCCGAAAUUGAAUGUGCAGAAACGGAUAUUUGAAGCGGAGGAUCCGUUCCCCUAUGCGUAUGUUGGAGGGGACUACAGGCAGCUCGAAGACAACCUGUAUGAAGUUCACCAUAUAUCAAAUGGCCGUGUAGUGUUUGCGCAGGACGCAGCGGGACGACAUGUAGUGAUCAAAAUUGUUAAAGGAGGUUCAGACGAAGAUAAAAUUCUCCAUUUGCUUGCGAAGCAACCUGAACUUAUGAACCGGGAGACGUUCCCUUCUGUAAUUCCCGUUCUUGAUCUUUUGCCUUGUGAAGACCACUGGUUCACAGUCAUGCCAAGAUGGGAUUCCAAUUGUUUCGUGCCAUCCUUCCCAACACCUGAAAUCUGUGUUCAACAGAUGGUGUCUUUGCUGAAGGGACUCGCAUUUCUUCAUAGUCAUAGAAUUUUUCAUCGAGACUUGUGCGACCGAAACUUGUUGAUCAACCACUUCUCCAAUGCGACUGUUGUCAAUAUGACAAACAAUCCUUUCAGACGGGACUUGCUCAGGCGAGGUGCGUUGACCUGUGUGUUAUCGGACUUUGACCACUCCAUCUUGCUGGACGAAGAAACGUACGGUCCGAAUCCUCGACUCGGUAUUCUAGAGGCACAUGUAACUUCAGAUGACCCACCUUAUGAGACUCUCCACGGGCACGUCGAUUACGACCCGUUCAAAUACGACGUUGCUCUUCUUGGGAUUUUGUUCAACGACAGGUUCCAGAAUAUAAUUAAAUAUGUGCCUCUUCUUGCACCCCUCAUCGAGCGCAUGGUGACUUCCAAGCUGGAUAAAAGGUUUACUGCAAAGGAAGCCCUUGCAUUUGCGGAAGGCAUUCUUCCUACUCUGACGGACUUGCAGGCUCCUCCGCUUCCCGUCCGCCCUCAAAUCUUUCGAGCCUACUACAGAGCUGACUUGUGGAAAGAUCUCUCAGAAGAAUUUGUGGCGAAAUGGGCAGAUUAUCGCGAGGAUCGAUCGACGCUUUCUUUCCGUUUUCUUCUCUGGCUGAACGAUCGUGUUCCAUAUGGGACCUUUGGUCUUUACCUCUGUAGACUGGGUGUGAGAGCUGUUAUGUUUGUUCCUAGAUUAAUCUUCCGACCAUUUGUUACAUUUUCGCGCUUUCUUGUACAUCGAUUCAACCGUCAGUUGUAA